AUGUUCGCCGCGCUCCUCUCCAUGACUGUCAUGGUACACCAGAUUGUGAUCAAGUUACACCUGCGGUGCAUUAUCAGCGCACGGUCGAUACCCGCGUGGAGCAUCAGACCAUCGCGAGCGGCGAGCGAGGCAUUCGACCGAGCGUUUUGGAUAAUUAACAGGCAUCUGGGGGGCGAAGUGCGUUUUGAGUCCCGAGCCGCCAUCUACAUCAUCCUUAACGUCAGCAAGGAGGCAGCACCAGAGAUGGGGAUAGACGGGUCACUCACCGUUGAGGCCCCUAGAUCUAGCUGUCGGCGGAUCGGAGCGAUCGUCUGUCGUCAGGCCAAUAUGGGUCAGGGGAAACGGAUUCAGGCCGACGCUGAGCUUCGCGUCUGUCAAGAGGGGCUGGCGGGAAAGCAGGGAAAUCUUCGAGACGACACCAUUCUGCAUAACCGGGAAGUAGCCAUCACAGGAUCCGCUGCGACUGCGGACCAGGAGUAA